UUGUCAGAGCUAUAUGACAUUGCAAUAGCAGCUGUAUAUGAAGCUAUCUACACGUAUACAUCGUCAUCAUCAGUGCAAAAGGCACAGAAAGUAGCACUACUUCAUGUGACAUCACUGUGUGAGGCGAGACACCUGAUACCUUCAACCGAUAUCAACAUUUCAUUCGAACUAGUAGCGUGUGACAAUAAAGGGCGUUAUUUCCCUUUGCAUGAGUCAAGUGCACCUAUACUGGCAGUAAAGACAGCUAGCAUGAUCAUCAGUGGUAUACCAAGUCAGGAGUAUGUUGGCACAGAUCUGGGUUCUAUCAUGUUUUCAGAGUGCUUCGUAGACUCUGUCAUCUCAGUCGCAAAUGAAGGUGAGCGUGAGGAGAAUCACACAGAUACAUUGAUACUCACACAAGGAGUUCCACACCACAAGUGCUGGCAGGUGAAACCAGAUUAUCUGUACAUACGCAAAUCUGUAGAAGAGUGGGUGAGAGACCCUCGGCCAGGUCACGAGUGGGGGAGCCUCCUUCUGGAUGGUACAGAUGUGAUGCUGGCUGGAGCAACUACAAAGGAACCUUUGAGAGGUGAGGUGCUGGUUAGAGAGAGAGGGGUCUGCUUCCUACAUGAGAGUGACCUACCAAUUCUAAUUCCGAGUGAACAUGGCUCACCUGAGAUGUAUGACAAGGAGGAAGCUAACAAGAUGUCAGUGCUGCUGUUGAAGCUCGGCUCGUGUUUCUACUCUCACCUGCCCGUGCAGCUGUGUUCUCCCGAUUUAAAACUUCUCAUCACCUUUGCACCGAGAACAGCAGCGUAUAGAGCCCUGUACAGCCAGUUGGCACCAGUUCUGGAACGAGUAGCGAGUUUGCCCUCAGAUGCACAGGAGACAUACCAGCUUCUAACACAACACGUUGACGAGUCUUUUACUCAGAAAGGAAGCCAUUGCUUAGCAGAUGUGGUCAGGUUUUUAUUACACAUGGAAGCAAGCAGCACGCUAAUGCAACAUUCUGUUCAAUCCUGUCAUCUUCAGGCAGUGAUCGGAAACUCGGGUGUGUCAGCUGUUACCUCAGAUAAGGUCGUGGUCAGCAUCGUGUCAGGAUUAGCUGGAUCUCGGCAGGACAGCGUAGCUGAUGCUGUGAUGAAGCUCUGCUCAGAGCACUCGAGUUGGUUUGUGUACGACGGACGUCAUGCCGAGUUGUCAGACGACGAGAUGACAUUCUCAGCAUCAGAACUGCACGAUGUUCUCUCCAAUGCACUGAGAGCAUACCACUCGGCUGGAGCCACUGGUGGUGGCACUGCUGUUCGGGUUCUUGUGUUGGCACCUGUGUUAACAGACACGUGUGCAGUGGUAAAUGCUGUGCUAUCGCAUCCAGGUGAUGGCCUGCUCAUCGGAGCUGUGACGAUUGCUGUUGAUACGAAUGCUGUGUUCAUGGCUGGCAGGAAUCUAGUGCCUGGCUUCGGAGAGCUCCUUUCGUCGGGCUGGGUCAAUAACGUUGUGAUAACGGACGUCGUCAGCAGCCCCUGGAACCAGCUCGUACGCGGCUUUCUCUCUAAGAUGCAGCCUCCGAUAUCUGUCAUCACUGCCCCCGACGGAUGCCUGUCAGAGUCGGGCGAUCUGGAUGCAAUCCUGUCAGCGAGUGUUUUCAGCGAGGCAAGAAAUGUACGCGCUCGCUACCUAUCAAGACCCGACUGGCAAGAUGUGAGAUGCUUUUGUGUGCAUUCUAAGCUCGAUAGGGUUGUGCUGCAUUUCACUGGUCACGUAGACCCCGAAAGACUGACGGCUCAAGUUAAGCUUUUAAAUGUAAGCAGUGAACGUGGACAGCUGAGAGGCGUUUACCUGGUGUCUGGUCGAUUCCCCUGCACUGGGACAGAUUCACUUGACGGUAACGUAACAGUACACCUUGAGUACUGUGCCACAAACGGUAAUAUUCAAGCAAAGAAUGUCAGAUGUAAGCCGGUUAAAUCCACGGGAAGCAACCAUCACCAUGGUGACAGCACCUAUGCAGCUGCAGCCAAGGGAAUUGCUGUGUUUGAGGGCUUCUGUCUAUCAAAGCUGGAACUGGAGGACUGGAUGAGGAAUUGUUUGCCGCUGGUGCCAACGCGCAGGGAGUUACUCACUGCUGGCAGCAUAUCUGCAGACCACAUAGCACAAAUACAGAAGCGCAGACGACAUGAUGCAUUGCCAGCAGGCUGGUUUUACAAUGGUGCUCACUAUGUAAGCCUGGAUGGAACUCGAUCUCGGCUACAUCCGUGUAUGCCACGCUUCGUGUCAGAGCACAUGUCAGAGUGGAAUAAGGAAGUUGACACCUUCAACAGGACCAUUGAUGAACUGCUUGCCAAGAACAUCAUCACUAUUUGCUAGUUUACUAAAAAUAUAAAUGGCCACGUCAAAAUUUUUUAGGGGGGUGGCAAACAUAUAUGCGGCCAUUGGUCUUAGGAGUGGAUGUGGGUUUUUGUAUAUAAUGGCACCCUGUUACUGAAUAUCUUGGGCAAUUAAAAAUGUGUUUUUCUCUAGUGCCAAAUAAUCGGCUCGUUCAAACUUUCCUCAGCAAACAAUGAACACAUGUGAGUGUUUUUGUACAUAGUGUGAGUCGUUUGUAGGAGUGUUAGCUUAGUGCUGAGAAUCUGUAAUCCUCUACGUAUUUUAGAUAUUCUUAGAUUUCUAUGUUUUGUCGUCCUGUUGCUGUGGGCAUGGAGGCAGUUUCUCUGAAGAUAUAACUGAGUCAUAUUUCAUUGUCUAGAAAUUGAAAUCUACUAUAAUGGACACGUGAUGUCUUUGGAAGCCAAUUUUGAUGUCAGCAUCCCUGCUCGUUUUGGUUAUAAAGUUAAACUAUAUUAUGUUUUAUUAACCAUUUUAUUCUGAAUUAAAACGUAUGUUGUGUUUUUGUGUCUUGUUAAUUUAGAGUUGUUAAAUCGUUUUUUAAAGUGAAGUUUAGAGUAUUAUAAAAUAGUUUAUGCUGUGCUAUGCUAAACGUAAAACUUUGUUAUAUA